AACGUCUCACAGCAAAGCUGCUUGUUGUGCCUCGUCUUUGUUGUCUGAUUUCCCCGCCGCUCUGCUAGUUACCCGGAAGAAUCACAUAGCUCAUCCCGCCAUCAUCAAUCGUCACUACUGCCGUCCCAAAUGGUUGACAAGAAGUCACUCCGUUCAGGCAAGUCCGGAGACAACAAGAAGGACGCCAGCGGUUCUUCAUCAUCAAACAACAAUAACGAUAACAAUCCAUCGAAGCCUACCCGGACUUCAUCCCGACGAACCGGCUCCGGAUCCAGCACGAAGAAACCCACGCCUGAGAAAACCGACAAGAAGAUGGCCGCCGAUAAGAAGCCAGAACCUCCGGUAGAGGACGCGCAGAUGAAGGACAAGAAGGACGACAGCGGUGAUAUCGAGAUGGGAGAUGUCGUUAAGAGCGGCAAUGAUGAUAAGGAUGACGAAAAGGCUGAGGAGCAGAAGGAAGACCCCGCCGUCACAACCUACAAUGAGAUCAAACAGAACUUCAUCCUGUUGGAACGUGCCGUAAACCUCUUUGACGCCCGAUACACCCUAAGGGUCCUCCGUUCGAUAGCAUCAUUACGCCGCAAGAUCACCCCCGAGAUCAUCGCGAAGAUUGUCGAUGAGGCCUACCCCGUCGAAAAUAAGUCCCGCUCCAAGUUGCUCAGUGUACUUGGACAUUCCGGAUCAGUGAUGGAAGUGGAGCGCGAAAUCGAGAUCUACACGAUCAGCCCAGAUGUGCUUCACGAGAUCGACGUCUACCUCCACCUCCUCACCCAGAUCUACCUUUUGGACCAGAAGAAGUACCAAGAGGGGGCUGCAUUCUCCUCCGAACUUGUUGAGAAGGUCCACCGUCUUAACCGUCGGACACUCGAUUCGCUCGCGUCCAAGGUCUACUUCUACUAUGCCCGAUUCCACGAGCUUCUACCUCCGCCGGCGGUCGUUGCAAUCCGCGCCCAGCUUCUGGCGUCUCUCAGAACUGCAACACUCCGAAAAGACAUUGAGCUUCAGGCCACCCUCAUCACCCUCCUUCUGCGCAACUACAUCUCAACCUCGGACAUCACGCAAGCCGACCACCUCGUUAACAAGACCAAGUUCCCCGACCACGCUGCCAACAACCUGAUCGCUAGAUACAACUACUAUCUGGGUAAGAUCAAGGCCAUCCAGCUAGACUACUCGGGAGCGCACGAGCAACUGGUCAGUGCCAUCCGCAAGGCUCCCCAAUCGCCCGCUGCGAUCGGUUUCCUGCAGGCGGCGAACAAGCUCAACAUCAUCGUGGAGCUGCUAAUGGGCGAUAUCCCCGACCGCGCUACCUUCCGCGAUCCCCAUCUCCAGAAGGCACUUUAUGCCUACUUCCUCCUUGUACGUGCCGUGCGUGUUGGAGAGCUCGACGCCUUCUUUGAGACCCUCAACACGCACGCUGAUACCUUCCGCCGGGACGGCACCUACACCCUUGUGCUCCGUCUCCGCCAGAACGUGAUCAAGACUGGAAUCCGCAUGAUGAGCUUGACGUACUCACGGAUCUCGCUCCGCGACAUCUGUAUCCGCCUCGGCCUCGAGAGCGAGGAGAGCGCCGAGUACAUUGUUGCCAAGGCUAUCCGUGACGGCGUCAUUGAGGCUACCCUGGAUCACGAGAAGGGCUUCAUGCAGAGUAAGGAGAUUUUGGAUGUCUACGCCACACAGGAGCCUCAGGAAGUGUUUCACUCGAGAAUCACUUUCUGCAUGAGCUUGCAUAACGACAGUGUCAAAGCUAUGCGUUUCCCGAUGAAUCAACAUCGUCUAGAACUGAAGAAUGCCCAGGAGGCUCGCGAGCGGGAGCGGGAGCUUGCCAAGGAGAUCCAGGAGGGCGAGAUGGAUGACGAUGAUGUGGGCGGCGAGUUCGAUGACUUGUAAAUGAUUUGCAAUCUGUUCGGCUGUGUUUGGGGGGGGUUUUUUUUGCUCGGAUGAGGUGACGGCUCUGGUUCUGCAAACAAUGAUAAUAGAACUGCUGUAGCGUUGGAUUCUGUGCCGUGGAUGGGUUAUGGUCGUGGAUGCUCUGGAUGGGCUGAUGUAGUUGUGGGAUGGGGGAUAUACUGUGCUGUGAAAUCGUGAAGACCGUUGACGCGUCCAGCUGUAUACUCAGAUCAUCACUCGUCCUCCCUCAUAGUCAAGGUCUCAUGUUCAGGCACAUCAAU